AUGCCGCGAACAACCAGCACUGAUUCAGAUCUGAUGCCACCGCCGUCCACCCGGAAGCAUACGCCUAAGAGGUCGCCAAUAAAGAGCAUACGAAGCGCUGUCAACACACCUCGUCCGCUGAGCCGUGCGGAUUCGUACAGUCGCUCAACACCCCCUCCUGUUCCAGAGCACUCGCAGAGCAAGCAGAACCUCAUCAACGAGCACAUUCAGGACAAUGAGGAUGCCAACAUCGAUGACACCUGCUUUAGCACUUUCUCACAGAUCCCAGAAAUGACGGUCUUUGCCAGACUCGGGCAGAGUCCGACCAAACAAGGCGACAUCGGGCACGUCCCUAACAGACACGGAGCAACCACGCCAAGGUCAAGCCGCAAGCGACCAUCUCCGUCGCGAUCACCAUCUCCGACGCCACGCCGACAGAAGACGCCCGGUACCCUCAACCAAGACGGCACGACCAGCUUCCUGAUCGACUUCACACAACAGAUGGAGUCGGUCAAUAGCUACCGCCCUUCGUCGGCAGCUAAGUCCGCCACCGAGUCCAACCUUCUCCAGUACAUCAAUAACCAGCGCUCGCCUCACAAGCCAUCCCGGCCUAGCAGCUACGCUACGCCAAGCAAACCGAGCAGCAUAUUGAACCUUCUCGACUUCGAAUUGCCUCCUGCACCCACACCACGCUCCAUUCCGACGAUCACAGUCCGCGAGCUCGAGAGCCUGAAGUCAUCCUACCUCUCGCAGAUUAGCAGCCUGAAAGCUACGCUUAGCGGUCGUGAAGCCGAAGUCGAGAGCCUCAAGCGCGCAAUCAGUGAUGCCGAGAGACGCGUUGGCGAAGCACAAGAGACGAUGCGGGAGGAGAAGUGUCGGCGCGAGCAGGUGGAGGAGGAGAAGGCGGGCUGGGAGAGGCGAGGGCUGGAGGUGGAGAAUGUGCUGAAAAGCGUGAAAGAAGAGGUAUUGAGAGUUGAAUCUGAGCGCGAGGAGCUCGUGCGUAAGGUCGAGGAUGGCGACAAGCGGGUGGAGACGAUGGAGGCCAGAGCUGUGAGGGCGGAAGAGAGGUUUGCGGAGGCGCUAAGCGCGUGUGGUGAUGCUGGGGACGGCGAUGCCGGCGUAGUCGAGGAGCGAGUCCAGCGGCUUGUGGCUGCGCAGAUAGAUGCGAAGAUCGAGGCGGUCAGCCGCGAGUUACACGCGGUGUACAAGGAGAAGCAUGAGCGCAAGGUGGCAACGCUGAAGAAGAGCUAUGAAGCUAGGUCGGAGAAGAAGUGCGGUGAUCUUCAGAUGCGCCUGGCGGAAGCGGAACGGCAGAACGAGGAGUUGCUCAACGCGAGAGUGGCCGCUUCGUCAACCACGAUCUCGGGUGUAGGGCGCGACGCGGAACUCAAAGCGGCGCUGGAAGAGCAGAAAGCCAGUCUCAUCCGCUUACAGACCGAGCUCCGGAUAUCCCACCAGCAGCAGGAUCAGCUUCAACGCGAGCUACAGCAAGAGCGCAUCGAGAAGGGCGACCUCGUCGCCGCCGUGGACGAGAUGCUCACGCUCCAAGCCGAUUCGGGUGCAGCAGCUGCUGGCAGCGCAAUGAGCGUGGUGGAGGAUUUCCGCAAGAGUAUCAGUCGGCCUUCCGGACUUCGAGCACCAGGUGCUGCUGCUGGUAGCGGUGCAAGCAGGAUCGGCGGGCCGGCAGCUCUGAAUCGCAGUGUCAGUGGCGGUGCUGGCAAAAGUAGGUUGCUGAGCAACAUUGAGCGGAUGGGGAGAGCAGGGCAUGCCGUUGCUGGUGGCGGUGCGCCGGUAGAACAAUAA